UCAGCCAAGCCUGAAGAAGCAGCAGCAACAACAGAAGGGACCGUUGCGGAACGGUGUGGGGAAAUGGUGAGAUGCUGCAGGUCUUUGCAGAGCUCUCACACUUGCUACAAUCUACACAGAGUCAGGGUUGAUGUGCGGCACCUCCGACUACAGGGCUCCUCAGCGGGAGCGACAGGGGAGCCCUCAAACAGCACUGGAGGCCCUGGAGCCCCUGGGGGCUCGUCUCAACUCAGCCACCGGAAUCGAUUCAGGUUGCAGUUCCCACAACUGGCCUUACGGCGGCGUCUAGGACAAAUGAGCUGCAUGUCCCGGCCUACCGCCCGCCUUCGAUUAUGGCCUCUGUCCUUCCUCUACUACAUCCUGCCCUUCGCAGCACUCAAACCUCUUGCCAAAGUGGGCUGGAGGCCAACAAGCAGAGUUACGAUCUACAAGUCCAUACCCACACGACUGCUGUCCAGAGCGUGGGGUCGGUUGAACCAGGUAGACUUGCCCACCUGGUUACGGAAACCUAUCUACAGACUGUAUAUAUGGACGUUUGGAGUCAACAUGAAGGAAGCGGCUGUGGAAGAUCUACAGCACUACAGAAACCUGGGCGAGUUUUUUAGGCGGAAACUCAAACCUCAGGCCCGUCCAGUGUGCGACUCGCACUGUGUGAUUAGCCCUGCUGAUGGCAAGAUUCUUCAUUUUGGUCAUGUGAAGAACUGUGAGGUGGAGCAGGUGAAGGGAGUGACCUACUCCCUGGAGACGUUCCUCGGGCCACAUACCUGGACUGAGAGUUUCACCGUUAACAGAAAUGAGGAUGACCCUGGCACGUUCCAGGAUUCCCUAGUCACUAAGGAGGGGAAUGAGUUGUUUCACUGUGUAGUGUAUCUGGCUCCAGGAGACUACCACUGCUUCCAUUCGCCCGCAGACUGGAGGGUGGCACACAGACGACACUUCCCAGGUUCUCUGAUGUCUGUAAAUCCAGGAGUUGCACGUUGGAUUAAGGAACUUUUCUGCCAUAAUGAGCGUGUGGUCUUGAGCGGGGAUUGGACACAUGGCUUCUUUUCACUCACAGCUGUAGGAGCCACAAAUGUGGGAUCAAUACGCAUCUACUUUGACGAGGAACUACGCACCAACAACCCUCGCUACAACAAAGGCUCUUACAAUGACUUCAGCUAUUUAACGAACAACAACCAAAAAGGUGUGACGAUGAGGAAAGGAGAGCACCUGGGCGAGUUCAACUUGGGCUCUACUAUUGUACUGUUAUUCGAAGCUCCACAGAAUUUUACCUUUAGUUUGCAACCAGGCCAGAAGAUCCAUUUCGGAGAACCUCUCGGGACAAUGUAAUGCUGACGAGAGGGGAAUGGAUUUUGUUGCUGGACACUCUAAUCUGUGUGCUGAUGCAUUCAGGGUUUUAAGGACUAAUACACUCACAUUUGCAGAGAUGUUCUCUGUUUAAACUGAGAUAUAUGUGUACUCAUAUGUACUCACUCAAACCACCACUGUUGCAUUAUUGCCAUCGGGUUCUCCCAGUCAUUUUUAGGGGGUUUACACACUUUCGUCCUUUUUGUUGUAAUUUUUUUUUAUUUUAUUUUUUUUUAGGCAAAGCUUAGACCAUCAAGUUGUAAAGUUUUGUGUACCAUGAAUGCCAUCCAGAUUUUUUUGCUCUAAAUUAUUUUUCUAUUCUGUUAAAGGGUGGUUGUUGUUUUCUGUGUUUGGCCAUAUUGCCUUUGGCUGGAGUCAAUGUUGAAGGGUUUAAAGAGUCAAGGAUAUUUCCACCGUUGACUCCGCAAGCAUGGGGAUACACCUCCCACUCGUAAAUAAGGAAUGUACAAGAGAUCAUGGCUUUUUCUUUUAUCAAACCUUCUUUACUUGUUACCAGACUUUCGUCUCUCUCUUUAGAAUAGUUACGCUCUUUUAAUGAUAAAAUUAUUGUUCUGGAAAAGUCAAACAAUUAUCACUGCCAUUGUUCUCUAAUUUUUGAACUAUGCCUUUGCUUGUUGAUCAGGUGAUUAGUUGGGAGAUCAAUGUUAAGUAUUACGCUAGUAGAGAAAGCUGUACUUGUUUUUGUUUUUGUCUCAAUUUGAUGAGUGCCAAAAACGCAAGAUAUAUUUUUACUAACGCUCGUUAUGUUUGUUUUUUGCCCUUUUGAUAUGAAUCAAAGUUCUUUUGUGAUCUUAUGGCUUAAUGUCUGUUCUUGGUUUUGUUUUUUUAAACAAGCAUCUGGAAAGUUCAACAUACUCUAUACUGGGAUAAAGAUAUUCCCAAUUUCCCCCGCUCUGGUCCACGCAUGUGAAGAUAAGGGGAAUGACUCUGGUAGCAGAAGUAAGGGCCUCUGGGGUAGAUUUGUUCUGAAUGUGUUAACCAAACUGUUUUUCUGUGCACACAAGUGUGAAAGUUAUUAAUUAAAUUAAUUUAACAUUAAUUACAAUCUAGUUCAAAGUGAAAGAAACUUUUCAUUAAUACAUUUUAAAUAUUAUUUAAAUUUUGUGUAUUGUCAAGUCUAAAACUAGGAAAAUGUUCCAUGUUGUUACCUUUGAGUUUUGUCAUGGUAAUAAUACCAUGUUUGUUUGUUUUUAUGAUGAUUUUUGGUGUUUGUUUUUUUUCAGGUUCCUUCUCCCUUUGACCAAUGAAUUUCUAUGAACUUUCCAACUGAUUAAAUAUUGUAGAGCUGAACAUAAGUCCAAGAUUUUAAGAUUGUAUUAAUUUGCAUAUAAUUUCCAUAACUUUUCCAGUCAUGGAAAUCAGAAUAAAAAAAUUCCCCUAAUAUUUUCAGGUUUUCCAUGGCUGUGGGAACCCUGUUUUUAGAUAUGUACCAUAGUAGCACUAUGGUAUUCUAUUAAAUAUCCUGGAGUACAGUGUAAUUGCAUGAAUGUGGUAAUAAUUUACUGUACUAUUAUGGUAUAUUUAUCAAGUACCAUGGUGUUACCAUCUGAUACUACCAUACCAUGGUACCACUGCAAUACUUUGAUUCUUGACCAGGAAACAUAGGCCGAAAUAUAUAUUUUUUUUAUUUACCCCAAGCCAGCCUCCGCGACCCUCUCACGCUCACACCAGAACCCAACUUAUCCACCAAGAGUAAGCCAGGGUUAGCAAAACCAAGCAUAAUGCAGUGGUACACUGGCAAGGAGACAAUAGGCUAUUCUUUUUUUAAUUUGAAUGGAUGUCUAUGCAGGAGAUGCUGAAUAAACUGCUUUGUGAGGAAACAGCUCAUCACUGAAUUA